AUGGAGCCUUUUUCUUUGAAGAUCAAUUGCAUAGAGUCCCUUUUGAUUAAGUCUUUUUGUUGGGACAAUUAUGUGCCUGGUGAAGUUGUGGUGGAGUGGACAAAUGAAUCUCUUCAAGGUCUUGGAAAGGGUACUCCCUUUUCACUCUACUUGACACAAAAGUAUUUCUCCAGAGUUGCAUCUGCACUUGAGAAAAAUGACAAUCAACUAUCCACAUUAACUGGUGUGACGGAAACUGAAUAUCGCAUCGCCCUAAGAUCGUCUUUUCGGAAUGAUACUGCCAAAGGUGUACGGGCUGUUUUGGUGGACAAGGAUCAGGUUCGUUAA